AUGCCGAGGAAACCCCAAACGUGGGACGACUAUGACUCGGCGGUCACCCAGAUCAUCCUUGCGCCGUCCGAUUCCGAGUUUCUCGACCAGUUGAUUCCCGUUCUUAAAGAUGCAACAGCAAGCAGCCGCAUUGGGUCCCUCGUCCAGAGCCUUUCCCGUUACGCCGAGGAACGCGAGGGAGACAUCGAGCGCAUCGGCCUGACCAAGCACGAAGAAUUCCUAAGCUCCGUCAACCAGCUGCAGAAAGUGCGCGAGGGAACUGUGGCCCUGACGGCCGAGAUCCUGGACCUCAACCAGUCCAUUCAAGCGAGCACGGAGAAGCUCGCUGAGCAGAAGCAGGGGCUGGUGGACACGCGCGGGGUGCGUCAGAACAUCACGGAUGUAUCGGACGCCCUUGAGGAGUCGCUUAAGAUUCUGCAUGCUGUCAACAAUGCCCACGACCUCAUCCGGAAAAAAAAAUACUAUGCCGCCCUCAAGUCCCUGGAGGACCUCCAAAACGAGUAUUUGGUACCCAUCAUUCAAAACAAGUUCGCGACUCAGUACAAGCUUGCCGAUAUGAUCCAGAAGUCAAUUCCCGCUUCACAGAAGGCAAUUUCGGAGGCGGUUAUGUCGGAUUUGAACAGUUGGUUGUUCAUCGUCCGGGAAUCGUCGCAGUUCCUAGGCGAGGUGGCUUUCUAUCACACGGAGCAGCGAAGGGCCAGGCAAAAGGAGCGGAUGGAGGGGAACGAACUAUUAAGCCGCUUCAAGCUGAACUCGGCUAUCGAACUGGUUUUUGACGAGGACGACGAGUUCGACGUUCUUUCCAACGAUGAGCUCCAGGUCGACUUUACGCCGUUGCACGAAGCGUUGCAUAUUCACGAAGCGCUUGGGCAGGUCGACAGGUUUCGUGUUGAGUAUGCAGCCACUCGAAGGCAGCAGAAAGACUUGAUUUUGCCGAGCUCCGAGAACCUGUUUGCCAAUAAUGACAACGAGGGCCUCAAGGCCCUCCUGGAAAGUGUGGCUGGGUUUGCAAUCAUUGAAAAGGCCACCAUGCAACGGGCACCGUUAGUUCGUUCGACGCUCGAUGUUGACGAGCUUUGGGAUUCCAUGUGUCAGGCCGUUAUCCGAAUCACCUCGAGGUCGUUGGAAGGCGUAAAUAAUGAGGAGCUGCUCAAGCAUAUCAAGGAGGAUAUUGCCCUGUUUAUCCAAACCAUGGAGACCGUUUCAACGGAUGAUUACAUGCCUAUGAGCAUCAAAACCCCUAGCGACUACAGCCAGGUUUACUCUGCCAUCCUAUUCGACGACGAGAUGUCCCCAGAAGAGGUCACACUCCCCAUCGUCCUACCGUUCUCCAAGAUGUACCCUCACUGCUGCAUGCACAUUAGGGAAUAUGAGCAAGAUUUUCGCAAAUUCACCCAAGAGAACUUUGACCGCCCUAAUGUCGUCGAUGAAAUGCUUAGAAAGACGCUGGAUGAGCUUCUCACCGAUAUCGUUUGCAAAACCCUUGUGGAACGACUGAACUCGCAAUAUCUCGGGCAAAUCGUGCAGAUCCUGACCAACCUCGAGCACUUUGAGGCUGCCUGCCAAAAGUUGGAGCAACUGUUGAUUCAGGGCCGAUCUUCCACGUCGGCAGGGGGUCCAGUCACCUUGAAAGCAACCGAGUUGUUCAGAAACCACAAGAAGACAGCUGAGAAGCGUAUCUUUGAGCUCGUGAAUUCCAAGAUAGACGACCUUGUAGAUACCUCUGAUUACGACUGGACCGCGACGACACCACCUGAAGAACCCAGCAACUACAUGGUAACCUUGACUCGCUUCCUCGAAAAUAUCAUGAGCUCGACCCUCCUCGGCUUACCCCGCGAGAUCAAAGAGCUCAUCUACUUCGACGCCCUUAGCCACGCUUCCAAUAAGAUCCUCGCACUUCCGCUCCACCCCGACGUCAAGAAGAUCAACCCCAACGGCGUCGCCGCCAUGGCGCUCGACGUCAAGCACCUAACAGACUUCGUCAGCAAGCUCGAGAACGCCUUCAUGCUGGAACAGAACCUGGACGAGCUGCAACAGACGGCAGCGCUCAUGCAGUCCGAGGACCACGAGGAGUUCUACGACAUCUCGAUCCGCAACAAGAAGGAUGGGGAUAUAUCUCGUGAGGAUUUGUUUGCUAAUCAGUGGUUGCUCAUCAGGAUCACCCAAACGGUCGAGAACCCAAGCCGGACAGCGCCGCUCGCUAAUUUCGGAUCGCGCUUCGGUUUGAGGUGA